GUGUAUUUUCUUGUUUCUUUCUGUGCACAUCUGCGGUGGAACAAGCAUUGUGAUAACAGUUUUAUUUUGAAACGUGCACGUGGGAGCAGUUCGUUUUUUUCAGCCAGUUUCAGCUCAGUCAACGUCAGAGCCAUGGACGCGUCCCAGGUUUCCUGCAUCAAGAUGAGGAGUCUUCUGUUUGGGGUCCUUCUCGGACUUCUCGCGGUUGUCCACUCGUCGCCUGCUCACACUACGACCCACAUCCACAACAACGCCGAGGACGAGGUCAUCCGAGAGGCCGCCACGGACGGCUUCCUGGUCGACCACCUUCUCCUCCCCUCAGGCGCACCUGAAUCACCGAGCGCAAACCUCACCGGGUCCCUGCGGCCGACCUCUGGCCCGCAGGAGAGCGACGCGGCGGAGGGCAGCGCCGGGGAGGCCGGCGACGUGCACGCGACCUCCGUGUCCCUCCGGUUUGAAGCCACGGCCGACGCACGGGCCCCGAGCUCGGCCGCCACACAGCCGCCGCCGAUCACAGACUACUCCAGUUCGGAUCAACUCGCCACACAAAGCCCCCGGUCCAGCUCGACCUCGGCGCCCAACGAAGCCCGGCCCGGCGUCACCCCGGACCACCUCUCGACCUCUAAGGCCGCUGACCACGCCGUCUCCACCUUUGGCUUCCUGAGCAACGAGACGUCCGCCUCGGGGUCUGGAGACGGGGAGAUGUUUGGCCCGUACGCCACCGCUUCCACGACCUCCGGCUCCGCUACAGAAACCAGCGCCGCGUCGUCAUCCUCCGGGGCCCCUUUGAGCAGACGAAAGGUCCCAGAAGUGUUUGCAGAGAGCAAAGGUUCAGGCGACGGAUCGGGGGAAGAAUCCGGAUCGGGAUUGGUGACUAAAACCAUUCAACGUGAUGUACGAAUGUUUAACCCUAAAUACGGAGUUUCAGAACCAAACGUAGGAACACCGAAUGACGCACCGGCAUCCUCCAGAGCAGGCGGUACACCAGGAUGGAUGAUCAUUACUGGAUUUAUUGUCGGUCUUGCAGCACUGGUUGUGCUCUUGGUGGCCAUCGCCACUAGAGAAAGGUGGAAUGGACCGCCCCAGGCGGCGCAGCUCGAGGGCAAAAGUUACCCGUCAGACCAGCGGAGGGAGCUGGAGAUGGAGACGUUCCUGCACAAAGAGGGGCCCAAGGAGAACGGACACGCGUCAGAAUACACCGUCGUCCCGCUGGAGGAGCUUUCAGAAUAAUCCCACUGAGGCUCACAAACUCGCACCUCUGGAGGAUCGUCCCAGAAACGCAGGGCGGCUUCAUGCAGAUCAGCGCAAACACGUUGAGCGAAAAGUUUUCUGUGGACUUUCACAGCGUUUGAAACGGCAAAACCGUGGUUUAUUUCAUACACUGUAAAAUACAAAACGGGUCAAGUUUGACAAAUAGGCUUCAUUUCAAGUUUCUGCUUUUGUUUUUGUAAAUAUUUUAA